CGGGUCAUAACUUCAGUUAAAUCAGAAAAUCCUGCAUCUCCAGACUCCGUCUCCUACGGCACGAACUGGCUUAAAACUUGGAAGAGUGGCAGUAGCAGCAAACCGAACCAAUAGGUCCAAUACGACGGCGGGAGUGAAAGUUACGCGUAAGCAACAAUGGCGCAGUUCUGGAAGCCUGGCACCGAAAAGCCUCGCCUGGUCGACGACGAAGAGGGUGGAGUCCUCUUCUUCUCGUCCUCUGCCUCUUCAUCUUCCUCUUCUAGAUUUGGGUAUGCGAGUAUAGAGAAGCAGAGGCAGAGGCUUCCAGUGUACAAGUACCGUACUGCGAUUCUAUAUUUGGUUGAGAAGCACGCAACUACCAUCAUUGUUGGCGAGACCGGUAGCGGCAAGACCACCCAGAUUCCUCAGUACCUCAAAGAAGCAGGUUGGGCGGAGGGUGGGCGUGUAAUAGCUUGCACUCAACCAAGAAGACUGGCUGUUCAGGCAGUUGCUGCAAGAGUAGCCGAAGAGAUGGGGGUCAAGCUUGGAGAAGAAGUUGGCUACACGAUUCGAUUUGAAGAUCUUACAAAUUCGGGUACCACUAUGAUAAAGUUUCUAACGGAUGGAGUGUUACUUAGGGAAAUGAUGGAUGAUCCUCUUUUGACCAAGUACAGUGUCGUAAUGGUUGAUGAGGCUCAUGAGAGGUCUAUUUCAACUGACAUAUUACUCGGCCUACUAAAAAAGAUUCAACGACGUCGACCUGACCUGCGUCUGAUUAUAUCCUCUGCUACAAUUGAAGCGAAAUCAAUGUCUGCUUUCUUCCAAACCAGCAAAAGGCGUCGAGCACUGGAAGGUGAGGAGCUUCGACCAAGGAUGGACCCCGCAAUCCUAUCAGUUGAGGGUAGAGGCUUUCAUGUACAGAUUCAUUUUGUUGAGGAGCCUGUCCAGGACUAUGUCCAGGCUGCCGUUUCAACAGUAUUGUUAAUUCAUGAUCAGGAACCCAUGGGCGAUAUUCUGGUGUUUCUUACUGGCCAAGACGAUAUUGAUGCUGCCAUUCACUUGCUAAAUGAAGAAGCUCAAACCAAUAGAAAGCACUCUUCAGGAUUGAUUGUUUUGCCUCUGUACUCGGGACUUCCACGUGCGGAACAGGAGCUGAUUUUUUCUCCAACUCCUAGAGGGAAGAGGAAAGUAGUGAUAUCAACUAAUAUAGCGGAGACAUCUUUGACUUUGGAGGGAAUUGUCUAUCUUGUUGAUAGUGGCUUCUCAAAACAGAAAUUCUACAAUCCGAUUUCAGACAUUGAGAAUCUGGUAGUGGCACCUAUAUCGAAGGCAUCUGCUAGACAAAGGGCAGGUAGGGCUGGAAGAGUUCGACCUGGGAAGUGUUACAGGCUAUAUACUGAAGAGUAUUUCUCCAAAGAAAUGUCUGCCGAGGGUAUUCCGGAGAUGCAAAGAUCAAAUCUUGUGUCCUGUGUGAUCCAGCUAAAAGCCUUGGGUAUAGAUAAUAUCCUGGGCUUUGAUUGGCCAGCAUCUCCAUCUCCUGAAGCAAUGAUUCGAGCUCUUGAAAUACUUUAUUCACUUGGAAUCUUGGAUGAUGAUGCCAAGCUUACUUCACCAGCUGGGUUUCAAGUAGCAGAGAUUCCAUUAGAGCCAAUGAUAUCGAAAAUGAUCCUUUCUUCAAACGAACUUGGGUGCUCAGAGGAGAUUCUCACUAUUGCUGCUGUUCUCUCUGUCCAAUCCAUUUGGGUGUACGAGAGGGGAGUACAUAGGGAACUGGAUGAAGCCAAGUUGAGAUUUGCUGCUGCUGAGGGUGACCAUGUGACAUUCCUAAAUGUUUACAAAGGGUUUCUUCAAUCUGGCAAGUCUUCACAAUGGUGUCAUAAGAAUCAUGUGAAUUACCAUGCCGUGAAAAAAGUUGUUGAAAUUAGAGAACAACUAAGAAGAAUAGCACAGAGAUUAGGCAUCGUGUUAAAAUCUUGUGAAAGAGAUAUGCAGGUGGUAAGAAAGGCAGUUACUGCUGGUUUUUUUGCAAAUGCAUGUCGAUUAGAAGCAUUCAGUCACAGUGGAAUGUACAAGACUGUUAGAGGCUCUCAAGAAGUUUAUAUUCACCCAUCAUCUGUAUUGUUCAGAGUUAACCCGAAGUGGGUCGUAUACCAUUCUCUUGUCUCAACUGAUCGGCAGUACAUGCGGAAUGUCAUCUCCAUUGAUCCUUCUUGGUUAAUAGAGGUUGCUCCCCAUUUUUACCAGCACCAUGGGCGGAACUCUUUUGGUCAGUGAUCUUGCUAUUGGAGUCAUUCGGGAAUAGGAUCAGAGGGGGAAGAAUUUAGCAUGGACUGUAUCAGCUAGCCCUGGGCCUUGGAAAUUUCUCGUUAAUGUAGAAGACCAUCGAACCUUCUGGUACUGCCUUGAUGAAGACAAGGUAUGGUGAUUUGGGAAUUGUAAGCAUAGAUCAUGAGAAACUAAGCAGUCACGAAUGAGCUGCCAGCAAGAUUAAUUUCUGUUUAUAAAGUGCCUUUAACGAAAAUCUGGGCUUCUUGAUAUUGGUUUUAGGAUCAACUCCGAGAAGUCUUCGGCUUAUAUAUGGGUAGUUUUUUGUUUUUGUUUUUGUUUUUUUUCUUUAUGACGGUGAGAACCUGAGUAGGUGUUACAUGAGGUUUGUAUUAUAUCGCUUGAGUUCUUAAAAGUGUCCCCUUCUGUUUUUCUGAGAGGGGAAGAAGGAAUUGUUACUGCAUGCUGACACAACUCAUGUUUAUAUAUGCUUUUAACUAUAAAACGGGUGGCCCGAAGCCAUUGUGUAAAGAAGCAUGUUUGGUAA